GAAUUUUGCAGAAACAUUUAAUUCCAUGAUCUGUUUUAGUUAAAGUUAUUAUUGUUUUUUGCUAUGGACCCCAAUAAAAAAUUGCCACUCUUCUUCCUUGUUCGUUUCUUUAACUAGAUUCUUUCGAUUUGAUUAGUCUUAGUACUUCAAUUCACCAAUAGAUCAAUAGAAUAGUACCAAGCAAUAUAUUAAAAUGACUAAUUUAGGCAAAGUAUCCAAGUCAAACAGUUAAAAUAUCUCCAAAAUUUAAACAGUACACGUAAUUCCAAAUUUAAUUUAGUUAAUAUGUUAUCUUUUGGACAGCAAAUUUAUGGUAUUUGAGUCUGCAACUGCAAACGCAUGCAUUUCUUGCAUCUUACCUUGUAUAGGCUAUUCAUUCAGAUUAAACAUAGGAGGCAAUUGGUUUGGGGAAAGCCCUCAAAUACAAUAUUUCAUGGUUUUAAUUACAUCCAUAUUAUCUUCAAAUCUGUGUCCUACAUUCUUUAUUUUGCAACAUGUUUUUUCUAUAAAUAUUAGGCCACCCAAACAUUGGCUUUUGAAUCAAGGCUUUGAAUCUUAGCACUACCAGGGAGUAUUCUCAAAUCUUUGAAGGUUGUGCCUUUUGAGCUUGUCUACUGCGCAUUUCCCAUGGGCAACGAUGUUAAAUUUUUUCAAGGCUUUUGGCGUCAUGGCGAUCAAGUCUGUGGUUGCUUUUCCAAGAUUGGUUUUGGACAGGUCAAGAGACUGGUUUCCACAACUGCUUGCAUAUUCUUCUUCUUCCUCCUCCUCACUGCUGCCUUGGUUCCUUGGAUACAUUUGCCUAUUAAACAGGGCAACCUAUUUCCCCAGAUGAUUUUUUCCUCACGAAGUAGUAUUAAAAAACACCAUUCAAGAACUGAAUAUCCUCUAAACUGCUCUGAUUCAGAAACUUGUCUAGACUACUUUCGGUGGAUCCACCAUGAUUUACAGACCUGGAAGAAUUCAGGAAUUACAAAAGACAUGAUUGAAAGAGGGAAAUCGAGUGCAGAGCUUAGACUAGUGAUUGUCAAGGGGGAGCUCUAUAUGGAGAAGUCCGGCCACCCUUUCCAAACCAGAGAUUUAUUUACAAUAUGGGGCAUUUUGCAGCUUCUAAGGUUUUAUCCUGGAAAGCUACCAGAUUUAGACCUUUUGUUCUAUACUGGAGACUCGACGAAGAUCAAGAAAAAAGACUAUCAAGGACCUAAUGCUAGAUCACCACCGCCUCUGUUUCAUUAUUGUGGAGAGGAGAAAGCACUCGACAUUGUGUUCCCUGACUGGACCUUCUGGGGAUGGGCUGAGGUUAGUAUAAUGCCAUGGGAGCAGAUGCUAAGUGCAAUAAAAAAUGGCAGCAAGAGGACCAAGUGGGAAGAUAGGGUACCUAAUGCCUAUUGGAAGGGUAACCCAAAUGUUUCUAAACAGAGGAAAGACCUUUUAAAAUGCAAUCUCUCAGAUAAAUAUGACUGGAAUACUCAUCUUUAUAUUCAAAAUUGGGCUAAAGCAAAUGAAGAAGGGUUCAAACAUUCCAAAUUGGAAGAUCAAUGCACCCAUAGAUAUAAAAUUUAUGUAGAAGGAGCAACAUGGUCUGUAAGUGAGAAAUACAUACUAGCAUGUGAUAGUAUGACCUUGAUGAUAAAGCCUCGAUACUAUGAUUUCUUUUCAAGAAACUUGGUGCCAAUGCAGCAUUACUGGCCCAUUCGCAGCACAAGCAAAUGCAAAGAUCUUAAGUUUGCAGUUGAAUGGGGCAAUAAUCACAUUGACAAGGCACAAGCUAUUGGGAAAGCAGGAAGCAAAUUAAUUGAAGAGUUUCUGACAAUGCGAAAUAUAUAUGAUUAUAUGUUUCAUUUGUUGAACGAAUAUGCCAAGCUCUUGAAAUUUAAACCAACAAUACCUUUAAAAGCCAAAAGGGUCUGCUCGAAAACCAUAGCGUGCUCGAGGGAAGGUUUAUGGAAAGAGUACAUGGAGCAAUCCAUGGUGAAGUCCCCUAGCGAUAAACUUCCAUGUGCGUUGCCUCCCCCAUAUGAACCUCAAGCUCUUCAAGCUUUCCUCAACAAAAAAGAGAAAACAAUUAGGCAAGUGGAGGCAUGGCAGGCUGAAUAUUGGAAUAUUGGAAGAAACUAAAUGAUAAGAAGCAAUAUAGAUCUCUCUUUUUGCUUCAUUCACGGUUAUUGUUACCAAAUGAAAAACUUGUUACUAUAGCGUAUGAUUGAAAAUAUCAUAUGGAAAUUUU